AUGCAAACGGGGGAGGCAAAAGAUGCUCUAGGAGAUGAUUGCAACACCCCGCGCACUGAUCCCUCCUUUGCUGCCGCCGUUCCUUGGCUACACUGCGGCGGGGGCAGCAAGUCAGCUAAGGAGAUAGGCGUCAAGAUCACCAUCACCUGCGCAGCUAUUGCUGCAGCAGCAAGGGCCUUAAGGCCUUUUUGGAUUUCGCUUUCAGGGGGACGGCCUGGCGUAGCGUUGCAGGGGCAGAAGGCGGCGGACGACGCAACAACCACGAUUCUAGGAAAAAGAGACGCAAGCAGAAAAGAAACAAUGCGCGAUUUGCUACGUGCUCGCCAGCGAAAGACGCUGCAAGAAGGGGGGCAGUGUAUGGGCAAUGCUGUUCGAUGCCUAUCUCUCUCUCUCGCUCUCUCAGAUUCUGUACAGCACACACCACUACAAGGCUUAAAGACUGGCGUGGACUUGACGCCCUCACUUGUGGUUCAGGAGCCGCACAGUGGCGGCGAAAAGCGCUAUCAAGCAUCUCAAACAAGGCAACACCCCCAGGAAACGGCACAGCAUGCUUCCAAAAGAAAUCACACAGCUGCUGCUGCAGCGCAAGCAGCAGCAGCUCCGCUCGACCCUGCAACAGCGGCACCAGCAAGGCCGCCUCGCACGGAUCGUACGAUUGAGUCACCUCUUGCCGCACGGGAGAGGAGGGCAGCGGCAGCAGCCACAAAGGGAGGCCCCCACCCACUGACGUCAAAGACACGUCACCCUUGCUGCAACCAGCUCUUUUUCCUCGGCGCAACGGGCGCUACAGGUGCUCGCUGGGUCGCCUUCCGUUGCCUUCCAUCGCCGGGCCUGCCAAGUAUUGCUCCUCCACGCAUAAGGGCCUCUGCAGGGCACUGGUGCGACUCAUUGCAUGCCAUCUUGCUCUCUGUUUCAUGUGUGUUGACAAUGACUGGCUGCGCUUCGUGUAGCCCUUCUGGGGCUCCACCAGUGGUUGAAACCCUGGAGCUGCCAACGCGCUUGUUGCUAGGCCCUGGGCCGUCUAACUUUUCGCCAUGUGUGCUGAAUGCGCUAUCUCAGCCCCCGCUGGGGUACAUGGACCCUAAGUUCCUGCAGGUGAUGAGAGAUGUGCAGGCGCUGCUGCGAUAUUGCUUCCAGACUCGCAACGAAACAACUUUGGCCAUUAGCGGCACGGGAUCGGCCGCUAUGGAGGCCGCUUUGGCCAACAGCAUUGAGCCAGGAGAUGUCGUGCUGGUGUGUGUGAACGGAUACUUCGGCUGUAGGCUGGCGGAGAUGGCCAGCCGGUACGGAGCAGACGUACGCCGCAGUGACAUUGCUUGGGGCUCAGUCUUCUCACUGCAGGAUAUUAGGGCCCUUCUAGAUGAGCAUCGACCCUCAUUGGUGUGCAUGGUGAUGGUCGAGACCUCUACGGGAGCCUUGCAGCCCCUCGAGGGUGUUGGGGCCCUUUGCCAUGAGUUUGGAGCCCUGCUCCUAGUUGACGCUGUCACGGGCUUUUGCACCUCCCCUCUCUUAGUCGAUGAGUGGGAAAUAGAUAUAUGCUACAGUUGCAGCCAGAAAGGUCUCAGCUGCUGCCCAGGUGCUUCCCCCCUGACAGUUAGCCCCCGCGCCCUCGCCGUGAUGAAUGCAAGGAAAUCCCCGGUGGCUAACUGGUACUUGGACUUAUCUCUUCUCAUGAAAUAUUGGGCUGGAAACGCUCGCGUAUACCAUCACACUCCUCCCAUGAAUAUCUUUUACGGGAUGAGGGAGGCUAUGCGCCUCGUUGCUGAGGAGGGACUCGAGGCUGUGUGGCUGCGGCACAGGGCUGUGGCUCAGUACUUUGCUCAAGGCUUACGCAAACGGGGCCUGCAGCUGCAUGUCACCCAAGAAACUCAUAGAAGCCCCGCUUUAACAACUGUGGUGGUGCCUCCUCAGCAAGAUGCAGCAGCCCUCUGUCGAACGCUCUUACAGGAGGGAGUCGAGAUCGGCGUUGGGAUCGGGAGCCUAGCAGGCAAGGUGUGGAGGAUAGGCCUGAUGGGAUACAAUGCAACUCGAGACAAUGUGGACAGACUAUUAGGCCUGUUAGAUAAGCACCUUGACUUUAAGGGGACUGUAGGAGAUGGCCUCGAUGGUAGUGUGAAAGCACUACCACAUCGAAAUUGGCCUGCAAAGGCUCACCCACAGUAG